ACAAAUGUGCACUUAGCAAUGGUUUGACUACCUGAGGCACAAGGGGGAGGAGCAAGAAAAUUCGCAACAGGAAGCUCCUUCAAUUAUUUAAAGGCAAGACCGUCCCUACAUAAUUCAUCCCUAACGUUUCUCUCGGUGGGUCUCACUCCUGUAUAUUCGUAUUUGUGGUUCCCACGAUUAAAUUAAUAUUGAUUAGAGAGAAAUGUUACCAUGGCGAAACGGGUAUUUCCCACCCUCUUCAAGAAAGUCUCUCUGAUCUUCGCGCGGAGGAACUACCAGCAAGUCUUGGAGAACGAGACAGAUGCAGAACUUCAGGAACUAAAAGUUAACAGCAAUAAAGAAUCAAUCCAUCCAGUUUCUUCCAAGGAAGCCAGCGCACGCCAUUUUGAUGACUUAAUAAGGGACCUUCAGGCUGAUUUGGAGAAUGGUCUCACAGAGGUUCAGGUGCUCGAGCGACGGCAUAAGUUUGGAUGGAAUGAUUUUGAAGUGGACAAACCUGAACCAAUUUGGAAGAAGUACCUUGGCCAGUUCAAAGAUCCCCUUAUUCUGUUGCUCUUGGCAUCAGCUGUUAUUAGCCUCAUCACUAAAGAGAUUGAAGAUGCAGUGAGCAUAACGGUGGCUAUAAUAAUUGUGGUUACAGUUGCCUUUGUGCAGGAGUACCAUUCUGAAAAAUCUGUACGAGAGCUUGGUAAAUUAAUCCCUCCAGAAUGUAACUGCAUCCGUGAAGGCAAAGUGGAACAUAUACCAGCAAGGGAACUUGUGCUGGGUGACACCGUGUGCCUCUCCAUUGGUGAUCGUGUCCCUGCAGAUAUGAGACUGAUGGAGGCUAUUGAUUUACUGAUUGAUGAGUCAAGUUACACAGGCGAGUCGGAAGCUAAUAAUAAAAGUAUCACAGCCUUGCCCGAACCUGGUGAUUCAACUUCUCUUCAAAAUAUUGCAUUCAUGGGAACCCUAGUACAAUAUGGGAAGGGAAAGGGAAUUGUGAUUGCAACUGGUGAAAACUCUGAGUUUGGAGAAGUUUUUAAAAUGAUGCAAACUGAGGAGGCUCCAAAAACCCCUUUACAAAGAAGCAUGGAUAAGCUAGGGAAGCAAUUAUCACUGUUUUCAUUUACGAUAAUCGGUUUAAUGAUGCUGAUUGGUUGGUUACAAGGAAAGCAUCUCCUUAGUAUGUUCACUAUAGGAGUUAGCCUGGCAGUUGCAGCUAUUCCAGAAGGCCUACCAAUUGUUGUCACAGUAACAUUAGCACUAGGUGUGAUUAGAAUGUCCAAAAAAAGAGUCAUAAUAAAGAAACUUCCCGUGGUCGAGACGCUGGGUUGUUGUAAUGUCAUUUGCUCUGAUAAGACUGGCACCCUUACAGCUAAUCAGAUGUCUGCAACGCGGUUAAUUACGUCAGAUGGCAUACAGGCAGAGGUAACAGGUACAGGAUAUAAUGGAAAGGGGAAUGUGCAUUUAUUAUCUACUGGAGAAGUCGUAAAGGCAUUUUCCAAUGUGUCUGUAGGAAAACUAGUUGAAGCUGGAUGUUUAUGCAACAAUGCUGCGAUUACCAAAGACUCCUUUAUAGGACAACCAACAGAAGGAGCCUUAAUUGCACUUGCAAUGAAGAUGGACCUGGAUCAGGCUGGGCAGAGUUAUACAAGGAAGAAGGAAUAUCCGUUUAGUUCAGAAAAAAAAUGGAUGGCUGUUAAAUGUGUCCACAAAGAUCAGGAAAAUGAAGAAUUGUUUUUCAUGAAAGGUGCAUAUGAGGCAGUUAUUCAGUAUUGUACCAAGUAUAACCUCGGUGGCACGUCAAUACCACUCACACCACAACAGUGUGCUGUAUACCUUCAACAACAAGCAAAGCUGGGAGCAGAGGGCCUUCGUGUGCUUACACUAGCCUCUGGGCAUGAAUUAGGUGAACUUAACUUCUUGGGAUUUAUUGGCAUUAUUGACCCACCGAGAACUGGAGUCAAAGCAGCAAUUCAAAUGCUUCAGAGUUCAGGAAUUGCUGUUAAGAUGGUCACUGGAGACUCCAUGGCAACAGCCAUCUCUAUAGGGAAAAGUAUAGGAAUUUACAAUGAUGAUAUGGAGGUUAUGUCUGGGGAGCAGUUGGAUCAAACAAGUGAUGAGGAUCUUUCCCGUUUGGUCAUGAAGGUUGCUGUAUUCUUCCGAACAAGUCCAAAACACAAGCAGAAUAUUGUAAAGGCUCUCCAGAACAAUAAUGCAGUGGUGGGGAUGACAGGAGAUGGUGUGAACGAUGCUGUUGCUCUCAAGUCUGCAGAUAUUGGAAUUGUCAUGAGAGGAACCGGAAGUGAUGUCAGUAAGGAAGCGGCAGGCAUGAUUCUACUGGACGAUGACUUCACAUCUAUUUUGUCAGCAGUGGAGGAAGGCAAAGGAAUAUUCUACAACAUUAAAAACUUUGUGAUGUUCCAACUGAGUACGAGUAUUUCAGCAUUGGGUAUGAUUGCUCUAUCGACUAUAUUCGACUUGCCAAAUCCACUAAAUGCAAUGCAGAUUCUGUGGAUCAACAUCAUUAUGGAUGGGCCUCCAGCUCAAAGCUUGGGUGUUGAACCAGUUGAUAAGAAUGCAAUUAAACAGCCUCCAAGAAAUAUGAAUGACUCUAUUCUGAAUAAGAGCCUAAUUAUGAAAAUAUUAUUCUCAUCAGUUAUAAUGAUGAGUGGUACCCUUUUUGUUUACUGGAAAGAGCUUCCAGAAGGGAAGAUUUCCUCAAGGACCACAACCAUGGCAUUCACCUGUUUCGUCUUCUUCGAUAUGUUCAAUGCUCUAAGUUGCCGCUCACAGACAAAAUCAAUAUGUGAAAUAGGCCUAUUCCGUAACCGUGCAUUUACUUACACGGUGCUUGGCUCACUUCUUGGGCAAAUAGCUGUCAUCUACUUCCCACCUCUACAACGAGUCUUCCAAACAGAGAACCUUGGGCCACUUGAUCUGCUAUUCUUGACUGGCUUGGCCUCUUCGGUGUUCUUUGCUCUGGAGCUACUGAAGCUCAUUGAAAGGAUAUGGCUGGCAGCUACUGAAAAGAAAACUAGUCCAAAUUGAUAAGUCAUCCACAUAAAUUGGAAUGUAA